AUUGCUAGACUCUCUAUGGUACCACAGGACCAGUUGGUGUCCCUCUUACAACAUAUUGUUCUUGGUUGUGUUAGUGACAGUGUCACUGACUCACUGGCCCACACUAACCUACUCUAUCGUAUCAUCGAACUACUCACUAAAGAGGACUGCUGUAUUUCCUCUCAUCUCUCUCAAGUCCUCUUAGUCAAUUUGAUUCCAAUUGGUAAGGACCUCAUUAAGACACUCCAUCACUUGGAAGGAAAGCAGUACACAAUAUUCAAGGAUUACUUUCAAUCCUGUGUCCUCCUGGCUGGGAACAGAUCACAGAAAGGACAUCUUGAACUAGUUAGAGCUGCUUCUGACUGGCUACCAUUAUGUUUUGAUUUGGUUAAGAACAACAGUACUGAAUGGAAGAAUAAUAAUGAAAUAUUGUUACCAUUGUACACAGUACUCAACUAUGUGUCCAGCCUGUCCUCAGCAGCACAGCUACUCACUAACAAGGAGGCGUGUACCGAGAGAAGAGCUCUAGCUGCCGAGGAUGAUUAUGCAAUACUGAUUGAAGAGGAAGAGGAUGACUCCGCCUUACUUGACGAAGAAGAAAAUGAAUGCUCCGAAGAGGAGGGUCUCAAUGAGAAGCUGUGUACGUUCACAGAGACUAAGAGAGAUUUUAAGAACCAGCACUGGUAUCACUGCCACACUUGCAAACUAACUGAUGGGACUGGCUGCUGCAGCAUCUGUGUUAAAGUCUGUCAUAAGGGUCAUGAUGUCACCUAUUCAAAGCUUGGCUCAUUUUUCUGUGACUGUGGAGCUAAAGAAGACGGGAGCUGUAAAGCUCUGGUGAAAAGAAGACGCAAGUCAGAGGACAAUGACUCGUCAUUUGGAGAACCCACCGGCCACUCCAUAGCACCCAAACACACCGGGGGCAGACACAAGAGGAAGAAGAAGGGAACAAA